AUGAGGACGAUCGUCCGAGUGCCCUGUGCUGCGUGGUAUCCCCGAGCCAUCCACAACCUGUACUCCGUCGUCGGGAUCCGCAACCGCGCGAGCUUCGACAUGCUAUUCAAGCAGUCCCGCACGUCUCCGCGAGUCAUGCGCUGGCUCACAUCCACUCGUAUACUCAUCGCGUUCGAGUCGGAUACGAUCCCCACGUGUACCAAGAACACGUCCGCAGAAGAUGGCAGCUUGAACCUCAUUGGCCUCGUGUUCGGCAUCGUUAUGUGGGAUGUUGUCGAGUGCAUAUCCGCAGCGCAGAUGUGCGCGUCGGUAUGGAGUCGACAACAGAAGCCCGCCUGUCUGGGUACGCCGAUUCCCGGGCUCAUUCUUCAUAUUCCCCCACGCUGA